AUUUACAAUUAUUUAAUUCAACAAUUGCCAUUACAUUAUUAUAUCACAUUCUUUUCCUCUAAAUCAUAUGCAGAUUCAACUUGAAGCCAAGUUUUUUUCUUUCACAAAUAUUUUAAACUCUCUUCUCUCCCAAUAAUUUCAUAUAUUCCUACACAAAAAUGCAUCCUCCAAUCACAUUCAUUCUCUUCUUCUCAAUUCUAACUUCUCUCCUCUAUCUCAUCAGGGCCACUCUCAAUCUUUCACUUCCCUAUCAACACCCUUAUCCUGAAGCUGUUGUUCAACAAGUACAAAGGAGAAUAAAUGCAUCUAUACACAAAAGACAUAUCCUGGACACCUCAGGCUCCGGUUGUCUAACCGGAAACCCAAUCGACGAUUGCUGGAAAUGCGACCCAAACUGGCGCAACGACCGCCAACGCCUAGCGGACUGCGCCAUCGGCUUCGGCCAGUCCGCCUUAGGCGGCAAAGGCGGCGAGUACUACACCGUCACCGACUCCUCCGACAACGACGUUGUCAACCCAACUCCGGGCACCCUCCGGCACGCCGUCAUACAAACCGAACCCUUAUGGAUCAUCUUCACAUCAAACAUGCACAUCAACCUCAAACAUGAACUCAUCAUCAACAGCUACAAAACCAUUGACGGCCGUGACGUCACCGUCCACGUCACCGGUAACGGUUGUGUCACCAUGCAGGACGUAACUAAUGUUAUUAUUCAUAAUAUACGUAUAUAUAACUGUAAACCUUCUGGGAAUGUUGAUGUACGGUCAACUCCGACGCAUGUUGGCCGGAGAGGGUUGUCGGACGGUGACGGGGUUUCGAUUUCGGGCUCGAGGAAUAUAUGGAUUGAUCAUUGUUCUCUUGCUCAUUGUACGGAUGGUUUGAUUGAUGCUAUUUUGGGAUCGACUGCGAUUACGGUUUCGAAUUGUUAUUUUACGAAUCAUAAUGAAGUUAUGCUUAUGGGUCAUGAUGAUGAGUACUUGCCAGAUAAAGGAAUGCAGGUUACAUUUGCGUUUAAUCAUUUUGGGAAGGGGUUGAUACAGAGAAUGCCGAGGUGUAGGCAUGGGUAUUUUCACGUAGUGAACAAUGAUUUUACCGAGUGGAAGAUGUACGCGAUUGGUGGUAGCGCGAAUCCAACGAUUAACAGUCAGGGUAAUCGUUAUAUCGCGCCGCCGGAUCCCAAUGCAAAGGAGGUGACAAAGCGUAUAGAAGAAAACAAGAAGAAAUGGGAUGGUUGGAAUUGGAGGACGGAUGGUGACUUGAUGGAAAAUGGUGCGUUCUUUGUGCCCUCGGGUGAAGGCCUAAACGCCAUGUACGCAAAGGCGAGUAGUAUUGAUCCUAAGCCAGCCUUCCUCGUAGACCAACUAACGAUGAAUGCGGGUAUCUUCGAUGGGCCUAGGGAUGAUGGUGGGGGCAUGUCGUUUGGUGGUGGUCCGAUCAACGGAGGUGGUGAAAGCGGCGACAAUCAAAACGAUGGGUACUUCGGGAUGGUAUUCGGUAGUGGCAUGACCACAAAAUCACCACCACCCACCAUUAUCUUUUCACUAUCACUAGUUCUUAUAGUUUUGUAUGUUACCACCAAUACCAACAUCAUCAUGAAUGGUGGUUGUUUUUAACGUUAUUAUAUUGGUGAUAUUUGCUAUAGUGAUAGAUUUGGGAUAUUAAAUGUAAAAGAAGAAAAAAAAUGGUAAUAUGAUCAAUUUCUUACAAGUUA